GUAUAGGAGGGCCUAACAUGCCCCCUCCCGGACCCUCAGGAGUUCCCCCAGGAAUGCCUGGGCAACCCCCCGGCGGCCCCCCCAAGCCCUGGCCGGAAGGACCAAUGGCAAAUGCUGCAGCCCCCACUAGCACACCUCAGAAACUGAUUCCUCCCCAGCCCACCGGCCGGCCCUCGCCAGCCCCGCCGGCGGUGCCUCCCGCGGCGUCGCCCGUGAUGCCGCCCCAGACGCAGUCUCCCGGGCAGCCGGCCCAGCCGGCCCCCAUGGUGCAGCUCCACCAGAAGCAGAACCGGAUCACGCCCAUCCAGAAACCCAGAGGACUCGACCCGGUGGAAAUCCUGCAGGAGAGGGAGUACAGGCUGCAAGCUCGCAUUGCUCACAGAAUCCAAGAGCUGGAAAACCUUCCUGGCUCCCUGGCUGGUGACCUGAGAACCAAAGCUACCAUUGAACUUAAAGCACUGAGGCUGCUUAAUUUUCAGCGACAGCUGCGUCAGGAAGUCGUGGUGUGCAUGAGGCGAGACACGGCCUUGGAAACGGCCCUGAACGCCAAGGCGUACAAGCGCAGCAAGCGGCAGUCCCUGCGCGAGGCUCGCAUCACCGAGAAGCUGGAGAAGCAGCAGAAGAUUGAGCAAGAACGGAAACGCAGGCAGAAGCACCAGGAAUACCUCAAUAGCAUUCUCCAGCACGCUAAAGAUUUCAAGGAAUACCAUCGCUCCGUCACAGGGAAAAUCCAAAAGCUGACCAAGGCGGUGGCUACUUACCACGCCAACACGGAGCGCGAGCAGAAGAAGGAAAACGAGAGGAUCGAGAAGGAGAGGAUGCGCCGUUUGAUGGCCGAAGAUGAGGAGGGGUACCGCAAGCUCAUCGACCAGAAGAAGGACAAGCGCUUGGCCUACCUGCUGCAGCAGACGGACGAGUACGUAGCCAACCUGACGGAGCUGGUGCGGCAGCACAAGGCCGCGCAGGUGGCCAAGGAGAAGAAGAAGAAAAAGAAAAAGAAGAAGGCAGAGAACGCGGAAGGGCAGACUCCGGCGAUCGGACCAGAUGGCGAACCGCUGGACGAGACGAGCCAAAUGAGCGACCUCCCUGUCAAAGUGAUCCACGUGGAGAGUGGGAAGAUCCUCACCGGCACCGAUGCCCCGAAGGCGGGGCAGCUGGAAGCCUGGCUGGAGAUGAACCCGGGUAAAUAUGAAGUGGCUCCACGAUCUGACAGUGAAGAAAGUGGGUCAGAAGAGGAGGAGGAGGAGGAGGAAGAGGAGCAACCGCAGCCUGCUCAGCCUGCCCUGCCUGUGGAGGAGAAGAAGAAGAUCCCCGAUCCAGACAGCGACGAUGUCUCGGAAGUGGAUGCCAGACACAUUAUCGAGAACGCCAAGCAAGAUGUUGAUGAUGAGUACGGGGUGUCUCAAGCUCUGGCGAGGGGCCUGCAGUCGUACUAUGCCGUGGCCCACGCCGUCACCGAGCGGGUGGACAAGCAGUCCACGCUGAUGGUCAACGGAGUCCUCAAGCAGUACCAGAUCAAAGGUCUGGAGUGGCUGGUGUCCUUGUACAACAACAACCUGAACGGCAUCCUGGCCGAUGAAAUGGGUCUGGGCAAAACCAUCCAGACCAUCGCUUUAAUCACAUACCUCAUGGAGCACAAACGGAUCAACGGACCCUUCCUCAUUAUAGUACCUCUCUCAACUCUGUCGAAUUGGGCGUACGAGUUUGACAAAUGGGCUCCUUCCGUGGUGAAGGUCUCAUACAAGGGCUCCCCAGCAGCAAGACGGGCAUUCGUACCUCAGCUCCGAAGUGGGAAAUUCAACGUCUUGCUCACUACUUACGAAUAUAUCAUCAAAGAUAAGCACAUCCUGGCCAAGAUCCGCUGGAAGUACAUGAUCGUGGACGAGGGCCACAGGAUGAAGAACCACCACUGCAAGCUCACCCAGGUCCUCAACACGCACUACGUGGCUCCGCGCCGUUUGCUGCUGACGGGCACCCCGCUGCAGAACAAGCUGCCGGAGCUGUGGGCCCUGCUCAAUUUCCUCCUGCCGACCAUCUUCAAGAGCUGUAGCACGUUCGAGCAGUGGUUUAACGCUCCCUUUGCCAUGACGGGAGAGAAGGUGGACCUGAACGAAGAAGAAACCAUCCUGAUCAUUCGGCGUUUGCACAAAGUGCUGCGCCCCUUCCUGCUGCGGAGGCUGAAGAAGGAAGUAGAAGCGCAGCUGCCUGAAAAGGUGGAGUACGUGAUCAAGUGUGACAUGUCCGCUCUGCAGAGGGUCCUCUACAGGCACAUGCAGGCCAAGGGCGUGCUCCUCACGGAUGGCUCCGAGAAGGACAAAAAGGGCAAAGGCGGCACGAAAACCUUGAUGAACACCAUCAUGCAGCUGCGGAAGAUCUGCAACCACCCCUACAUGUUUCAGCACAUAGAG